UUUUGACAGCGGAAGGAAAACUAGGUAGCUAGAUAGUUGCUAGCUACCUAGCUAGCUAAGUAGCAGCUAACUAUCCCGACUAGAAACCUGUCAAAAACGCUGGAACCAAUUGCAUUUUUUUCUGGAAAAUGGUUUCACGAAAGACACGCUUUCUUCUUUUAUCACUAUCACUCAACGCACUACAAAGGACACCUGCCUCACAAGGAAUUUAAAUUUUCAGGUCGGAAGUUUGGAGAGCACGUCACUGAGGAGUGAUGCCUGUUGAAAGUGGAAGCAGCGCAGCCGCCCGUCAAGCAAAACAGAAGCGCAAGUCCCACAGCCUCUCCAUUCGACGCACCAACAGCACAGAGCAGGACCGGGCGGCAAUGCAGAGAGACAUGCUGGAGGGACAGGAUUCAAAGCUCCCCAUAUCUGUGAGAAGCAAUCUACUUGACCUCUUUGGGCAGAUUGAGCGGGAGUUUGAGAACCUCUACAUUGAAAAUUUGGAAUUGCGCAGAGAAAUCGAUACGCUGAAUGAGCGGCUGGCAGCUGAAGGACAAACCAUCGAUGGAGGUGAUCUGAGCAAGGGCCCCCUGAAAGCGAAAGCUAGCCACAGCACAAGUCAACUUUCUCAAAAGCUGAAGACCACAUACAAGGCUUCUACAAGCAAGAUUGUGUCCAGUUUCAAAGCCACCACCUCCAGGGCAGUUUGUCAGCUGGUGAAGGAGUACGUGGGGCACAGGGACGGGAUAUGGGACCUGAGCGUCACACGGACACAGCCGGUGGUUCUGGGCACCGCGUCAGCAGAUCACAAUGCCAUGCUGUGGAGUAUCGAGACUGGAAAGUGUCUUCUUAAGUAUGUUGGCCAUGCUGGUUCAGUUAACUCCAUCAAGUUUCAUCCGACUGAACAGAUGGCUCUUACAGCGUCUGGGGACCAGACGGCUCACAUCUGGAGGUACAUGGUGCAACUGCCCACCCCCCAGCCCGUGACAGACGUCAGUGUCACCUGUGACGACGACAUCGACUUCUCCGACAAGGACGAGGCGGACGGGGAUGCCGAGGGCCCGAGCGAGUGUCCCACCAUCAGGGUGGCCACCACCACGCUCAAGAGCCACCAGGGGGUGGUGAUCGCGGCCGACUGGCUGGUCGGCGGCAAGCAGGUGGUCACGGCUUCGUGGGACAGGGCGGCCAACCUGUACGACGUGGAAACGUCAGAGCUCGUCCACUCGCUGACGGGUCACGACCAGGAGCUCACUCACUGCUGCACGCACCCGACGCAGCGCCUGGUGGUGACGUCCUCGAGAGACACCACCUUCCGACUGUGGGACUUCAGAGACCCCUCCAUACACUCGGUGAACGUGUUCCAGGGACACACUGACACGGUUACGUCAGCGGUGUUCACGGUGGGAGACAACGUGGUGUCCGGGAGCGACGAUCGCACAGUGAAGGUGUGGGACUUGAAGAACAUGAGAUCUCCGAUAGCAACCAUCCGCACCGACUCCGCCGUUAAUAGGAUAAGCGUUUCGGCGAACCAAAGAAUCAUCGCUCUUCCGCAUGACAAUCGGCAAGUCAGGCUGUUUGACAUGUCAGGAGUGAGGCUGGCCCGCCUCCCACGCAGUAACAGACAGGGCCACAGGCGUAUGGUGUGCUGCUCCGCCUGGAGCGAGGACCACCCCACCUGCAACCUGUUCACCUGCGGCUUCGACCGGCAGGCCAUCGGCUGGUGCAUCAACAUCCCCGCCCUGCUGCAGGAGAAGUGACCCCCCUCCCACCUGCCCACGCAAUGCCCCUCCCCCCAGCCUCAAUGUGAAUCCACUUCUACGGAGCGGGGCCCCGUGCUAAUGCUGUCCCCUCACUCCAAUGUGCACGGUGUGUGUGUGUGUGUGUGUGUGUGUGCGCGUGUGUGCGUGUGUGUGUGAGAGA